UAGUAGCCCUCUCGUCCUCUCGCACGCACGGGCCAAUUGUUCCGAGAAUACAACUGUGCCCAGUCUCGAACGCCGCCGACGAUAGCGGCGCGAAAUUCAUGAACGUCGGAUAAGAGGUUAUCUACGAGGAGGUAGGGAACGCACUAUAGAGACCCAUACGAAAUCGACGGUGGCCUCUCGUGCAGAGACGGUUUGCUGAGUGGGAGCCUCUUGAUAAGGAAUACUGCUCGAGUGAGGCGAGAAACGGCCUCGGAGCGGCAAAGAAGCUGGGCGGAGGUUCGACGUUGCCACUGGGAACGUAAGGUAACAUUUGUUCCAGUGUCGAGUUGGAGUGACAGGUUCUAAGACCGAAUCGGAGUCGUCAUCAUGCCUCCUAGCAAAGACCAGAAGGCCAAGGUGGUCCUGGCAUACUGGGCCGGCAUUCGGGGCAUCGUGGAGCCCAUCCGGUACAUGCUGGAGUACGCCGGGGUGCCGUACGAGAACAAGACGUACCCGUUGCUGGACAAGCCCACCAAGGAGGAGUGCAAGGUCGCGUGGCUCGAAGACAAGGCGGCGUUGGCCGCGCAGGGGUUCGGCUUUCCCAACUUACCGUACCUUGUGGACGGGGAGGUCAAGAUGGUGCAGAGCUUGGCCAUCAUGCGCUACCUGGCGCGCAAGCACGGUCUCGCCGUACCGGACUCCAAGCCCGUUGAGGCCGCCCGCAUCGAAAUGCUCGAGGCGCAGAUCAACGAUCUCAGAUGGAACCUAGUCAACUACAGCUUUGACGACUACUUCGCGACCGUCAUGAGGAACUUCGCUGACGCCCUGCCUGGACACGUGGAGGCGCUGUCGAAAAGCCUGGGCGACCGAAAGUGGCUUGCCGGUGACCAGCUGACCUACGUGGACUUCAUGCUCUACGAACUGCUCGACCAGUUCGCACUCUUCAAGCCGGGCUGCCUGCAAGAGUACGCCAACCUGAAGGCGUACGUGGAACGGUUCCGCCAGCUGAAGCCCAUCAAGACGUACAUUUCCUCCGACAGGUUUAAACCUUGGCCCUUGUUCAUGAAACUAGCCAAGCGCUGGGGAGGCGGCGAGCCUCCGGCAAACCUCGUUGAUAAGACGGCAAAAAUCUGAACGAAGCUUUUAUGUUUGAAUAUAUUUCUUCUUCGUGAAAGGGAGAGCGUGGUAAUGUUCUCAGAAAUUGUAUAAUAAACUGAUUUGGUUUCACCGUA